AUGGGCCGAGCGACGAGGUGGCUGAGGAGUGUUCUUUGGGGGAAGAAGGAAGCGAAGGCGGCAGGAAAAGACAAUGCCAGCAUCAGCGGCUACGAAGCCAAGGAGAGGAAUAGGUGGAGCUUCGGCAUCGCCAACUCCAAGCUGCGCCAAGACGAGAGCAUGGGGCACCAGAGUCCCCUGUCGGCGACGGACGUGGCGUGGCUGAGGUCCUUCUACGACGAGAACGAGGAAGACGGGAAGCACGCAAUCGCGGUGGCCGUCGCCACUGCGGCCGCGGCCAAUGCGGCUGUGUCUGCUGCGCAGGCGGCAAUGUGGCGGCUGCAGAGCCUGGGGAAGGAGACGAGGGCGGUGCUGCAGGGGAGCUACGCGUGGUGGGCCGCCGUCAAGAUCCAGACCGCCUUCAGGCGCCACUUGGCAAAGAAAGCUCUCCGGGCACUCAAAGCCCUGGUGAAGUUGCAGGCGCUCGUUCGAGGCUACCUCGUGAGGAAGCAAGCAGCCGUCGCCCUCCGCAGACUGCAAGCUCUCAUGAGAGCUCAGUCUCAUGCAUGGCCUCAACAAGCUCCUCUUACACUUCCCCAAAGGAGUCCAAGACUCACCACAGAAUUCUGCCACAGAAAAUCCUUUCAGGAAAGAAUUAACACAAGGUGUAAGCAGACAGGAACAGAACAGAGAUCUGGUUUCGAUAUGAGCCCAAAGAUUGUGGAGAUGGAUACAUACCAGCUCAAGUCCAAAUCAUUCAGGAGAGCAACUCCCAACUACAAUGUAUUUGAGGAGCCUAUGAUUCCAGUUUCCUCUCCACUUCCACACAAGGUUCCACCUAUCGUCUGCUAUCGGCACCCUGACAAAUCACCCUUCUCUCAGAACAGUCAUAGUCACCGGCCAACAACUCCGAGCCGUUCGAGCUGCCCGGGCUACAUGGCGAAAACGUCGUCUUUUGCUGCCAAAGUAAGAACUCAGAGUGUGCCGAAGCAGCGGGCGGAGAAGGGCAGCCCGAGGAAGAAAGUUGUUGUGAAGGAGGUGGAGUACAAUACUAGUGAGUCAGGCAGUUUGAAACAUAGAAUGCAAGGGAGAGAUGUGAGGACUGCUACGGCAGUGAGGGAAGUGGCAAGGGAUUACUACUUGGAUAGCAUGUGGUGAUUGUAGUAGUAGAUUGAAACUAGAACAAUGUGAGCGUUGUAGGAGAGGUUCUCUUAGGAAUUGUAAGAAUGGUUAAUUCAGGCCAUAGAGAAUCUCUAAUUUCUGUAAGAGAGCGAAGGAAUGUGUAGAUUCUCCUUGUCUGAUUUUCAAUCUGUAUGCAACUGUAUUUUUCUUUAGCUUAUUUCAUCAGAAACUCAAUUGGCAUGCUAUGAUUUCAUCCACUAUU